UAAUAAUUAAUAUCCCAUCUAGUAUGGCUCACAUAGAAGAGAUACGAAACAAGAUCCACCUAGACCUACACACUGUCCGAAACACUGAAGAUUCCAAAUACCCGGGAACUUACUCCGGCUACGAUGACUCCUGGAACUAUGCCAAGUUUAAGAACAAUUUCAAACUGGAGAUCGUAUCUCGGUCAGCUCGUGAGGUGGAAUUUGACAUGAUUGGGAUUGAUACUCCGUUUGCUAAUGCGUUCAGGAGGAUACUACUGGCGGAGGUACCCACCAUGGCAGUAGAGGAGGUGUUUAUCAACAAUAAUACAAGUGUUAUGCAGGAUGAGGUACUAGCUCACAGACUUGGACUUCUGCCAAUAAAUGUCGACCCCAGGCUAUUUGAAAUGAAAAAGAAGGGUGACAAAGUUACAGAGCGAAACACACUAAAGUUCAGACUGAAAGUCAGAUGCAAGCGAAACAAGAAGGCUCCGACAGAUACUACGAAUCCAGACGAGCUGUAUCUAAAUGCUAAGGUUUACACAAGGACCAUUGAAUGGGAGCCCAUUGGUGAACAGAAAAACUGGAUCCCAGGUGGAGUGAGGUUUACAGAGGACGACAUUCUUGUCAACGUACUCAGACCCGGCCAAGAGCUGGACAUGGUACUUCACGCUGUUAAAGGUAUUGGAUCUGACCAUGCUAAAUUCUCACCCGUCGCUACUGCAUCCUACAGACUUAUGCCCGAGAUUCAGCUUCUUCAACCUUUCCGAGGUCACCUCGCUGACAAACUGAAGGGGUGUUUCUCUCCGGGGGUUGUUGAGAUAGUUGAUGGUGAAGCGGUUGUUAAAAGUGCUCGAGUGGACACGGGGAGUAGAGAGGUUUUAAGACACAGUGAGCUUGCUGAUAAAGUUAAACUUCUUAAAGUUAGAGACCAUUUUAUUUUCACUAUUGAGUCCACGGGGGCACUUGAGCCUCUUGAAUUAAUGAGGGAGGCUAUCAAAAUUUUAAAAGACAAGUGUAAGGUUUAUAGGAAAGAGCUGGAUGUUUUUACAACUUGAAAAGUAAGGUUUUUUACUUUUUUACUUUAAAUUAUUACAUUUUAUUAUAAGUUAUUGAUGCAGGUCUGUGAAAUUGGUCUCGCUAUUAUAUUUCGAGAUCAAUUUUAAAUUUUAAAUCUUCAUUUAUUUUAUCC